AUGCGUGGGCAGCGGAAAGGUAUCCUAAUGCAGACUAGUGCCCUUUGGGUGGGCCUGAGCAACCAUAGCAAGUGUACCGUCAUGAAGAUGCGACUUCAAGAGACAAUUGAACAGAUUAUGAAUGCUGGUACUGCGUUCGAGCGCGCUUGUACUGCUCUUAAUCCAAUCGUACAUGAUUUUGGUUUCAUCUCAUACUACUCAGGAAACGGGUAG